CCGCUGCUAUUUUCAUACAUCAACACACACAACCAAGGACAACUAGUUUUUUUUUACCCACGUUUAGAUUUUUUUCGCCGUGCUAGCAUGGAAGUCAACGAUGCUAAGACGCCUCCUCCAUUAUGGCUCUCGGGUCUUGUUGCUGCUGGAGAGCUUUCUCGUGAAGAAGUCAUGGCGUAAACCAAAAAAGGAAGAAAACAGGCAUUCUACAGUACACGCCGAGCAGAACAGGUACUUAACGACGUGUUCACGUUGGCUAAGCGCCCCCAAACCUCGAGGCGCCUGCUGCGCCGCAGGAACCGGUGUCGUCCAAUCAUUUAGCGACGGGAAUCCCAAUCUGGGCAUAAACCAAGCCGGCGGAACGCGACAAUCGACGACAUUUGCCCGGCGUCCAAUAUAAAGGCAUGACGCUGCGGCAAGUGGGUACAGCAUUUCCUAUUCAGGUGCGGACGCAGGAACGGGUGGCUUUUACUUGCGACGGGUCUGAAGAUCGCAUCGUGUUUGGGGGGGCUUGGCUUUUUUUCGCACUUGCAGCUUGCAGCUUGUC